GCCCCGGAAUCCUUCCCCCACAAAGCGAGAGGGCAUGGCCCCGCAAAUUCUCGUUUGAGCCGUCAUUGAAUUAUCGUGAUCGAUCAUGCGUUGAAUUCGAUCUGUGAACUUCGCUUAUUUCAUUAUUUAAAGUCCCCAGCCAGCCCAGGGUGGGCAUACUUAUCCGGAACCAUCUUCUGAACUCCGUUCCUCACACCCGUGACAAGAAUCUAGAGACGAUAUCGGUGGCUAAUAGCACUCUGUUCAAUUCUGUUGGCGGUAGUUCCACAGUAUGGGCGAAGCCGACAACGUCGACAAGGGUGGGCAAGGUGGCCUGGAGCACCUUGAGCAGGUCUCACCUGGGCAGAAAUAUGAGGAGGGCCACCAAGUGCAGCGUUCACCUUGGGAAGCUGCCAAACAAAGCCCAAAGGUUAUUCUAUGCUGCGUUGUCAUGUCUUUGAGUCCUUUCGUCACCGGAUUUGAUAAUCUUAUUAUCGGUCUGAUGACUGCCAUGCCCGCAUUUCAAUCGACAUAUGGUGACAGCUCUGGUGUGAUUCCCGCUCUAUGGCUCUCCCUAUGGACCUCGAUGGUGGCCGUUGGUGUCGUGGUCGGAGCCAUGUUGGCCGGUCUGGUGUCUGACCGCUGGGGCUGUAGGGUGGCCGUCAUGAUUGGAGGCCUUACUGCAGUGACUGGGAGCAUGAUUUGUACAUUUGCCGAUGAGCUUGAUGUGCUCCAACACCGGCGAGUUCUGUUUCUCUUCGGAAAGAUCAUCAUCGGCUGUGGUCUAGGGUUCAUGCUUCCGGCAUCACAAACGUAUAUCUCUGAGGUGGCUCCUGCUGAGCUGAAAGGCCCGCUGCUGGGCGCAUAUCUCCUUUCAAUGGUUUGCGGACAAAUCAUUGCCGUUGCUGGGAUCAACGCUCGCAUUAUGAUUUUUACCCGGAUCGGCUAUCGUCUCUUACUCGCCAUCGAAGCAGUUCCAACCGGUGUCGCUGCUCUUACUCCUUUCUUCAUCCCAGAAAGCCCCCACUACUUUGUCAAGAAGGGGGACCUGACCAAAGCGACUGCCGCCUACACCCGUCUCUUGUCAAAAGAGGAAGCCCAGCCUGCAGUGUAUAGUCUUACGUGUGCCCUCGAGCACGAACGCGAUAUCCCAGGAAGUGCUGAAGCUCCCACGUUCCAGGAAUGUUUCCGCGGUGCGAACUGGCGACGCACGCGCAUCGUCUGGUAUGCCAACAUGUUGCAAAGUUUCGUGGGUAUAGCCAUGAUCCAAAACGCGACCUACUUUCUGGAACUGGGCGGGAUGAGUGCCCAGAAUGCCUUGAACGUGACGACCGCCUCUUUGUGCCUUCUGGUUCCUGCUGUCUUCAUUUCAUGGUAUUUGAUGGCUCGGGUAGGACGCCGUACAAUCUUGCUAUGGGGUACCAGCGCGAUCACGGUUCUAUGGCUAGCGAUUGGUAUCGCAGGCUGUUUUGACAAUAUGACUGCUUUCUGGUUUGUGGGCUGCGCCAUAGUAGUGACCAACUUCGUGUACGGUCUAAGCGUGGGCAGCGUCUAUCCAGUAGUGGCUUCAGAGACGUCGAAUCUGCACUUGCGAGCCAAGACCCAGGCUACGGGAUUCGCUUUACAAUUCCUUGUCAGCUGGGUGUUUCAGUACGUGGUGCCUUAUAUGUAUAGCACUGAUGAAGGCAAUUUGGGAGGCAAGGUAGGGUUCAUCUUUGCUGGGCUCUCGGCCCUUGUACUCGUGGUAAUUUUCUUUGAGAUCCCCGAGAUGAAAGGAAUGGGGGUGGAGGAGCUUGAUGCACGGUUCGAGCAGAGGGUUUCAACGCGGACUUUCCAGCGCGCUGCAAACCCUCAAACUGAAGGCUAGCCUGGUAUCUAGACUACCGAUGGUGAGGAUAGUGAAAACUUGUAAAUAUUAGGGCGAGGUUUAUGGCACUACAUGAACGUCACUCGAACUACAAACUAAACCGCUUUGAGGUUAGUGCCCGCCCAAGCACUUUGUCACCACUACAAGGUACUUUCGACACCUAC